UGGAAGGAGCAGUAGAGCGCAAAAUAUGCCGCCUUUGGCCGACACAAUGAACCAAAAAAGAAAUUAGAAACAUUUCCCACGGUUUUGGCCGCCACAAAGUGUGCUUGUGUACUUCGUGCCUUUAUUUUUCUUUUACUUUAUCAUUUUAAGUUCAUACGUCAUAACUGUGCGUUUGUAACUUUAAAUCUAUCAACUAAUAACCCUCUUAAGAAUCUAGCUUAAAUCCUAGAUUGAUAUGUCGAGUUCAUUUGUUGAAGUGAAACAUUUUCAGGACAACAAGUGCAUUUCUAAGCCUAAUUAUGUAUGUGACUAUCUUGUGUCUCGAAAGUCAAAAUGCUUUGAAAUAUAUUCCUAGCCAGCUACAUGUACGGAAAGAAGUCAUUCUGCAUGCACUGGAAUAUUCUUCACUUCCUAGUCAGCAGUGUUCAUGAUUUAUUGUGUGGAAAAUAUAAUAAAGCAGCCAUCCAAACUAUGUGUUGUUGAAGAGUAAAAUUUUUCAGUUGGAGUAUUUCUAUUUUCUUCUUUUCAUAAAGAGGAACUUAAUGGACUCUGCUAAAGCUCAUCUCUACCUUGUCACAACCCAAAAUCAUAAACACAAGUUGUUAUUAUUACAUAAUACUAAUAAUUGGCUACUUAAUUAUUUGAUUCUACUCCUUCUUGCCUUUUCUUUUUGUUCCUGUUCUUCUGAUAUCAUAUCUUCUGAUACACGCAUAAGAGAUGGUGAGAUUCUUAUAUCUAAAUCUAAAACAUUUGCUCUUGGAUUCUUCACUCCAGGAAAGUCCACCUCUCGCUACGUUGGAAUCUGGUACAACAAUUUGCCAAUCCAAACUGUUGUUUGGGUUGCAAAUAGAGAUACUCCAAUCAAUGACACUUCUGGAAUUCUAUCAAUCGAUCGAAAUGGAAAUCUAGUUCUCAACCACAACCUUAGCAACAUUCCCAUUUGGUCUACCGCUGUUUCACUACUGCAGUCACAGAUAAAUAGCACCAACGUUAUAGCUCAACUAUCGGAUAUAGGAAACCUUGUUUUGAUGCUAAAAAGCUCCAAAACUGUCAUAUGGGAAAGUUUUGAUCAUCCUACAGAUACCUUGCUUCCAUAUCUCAAGGUUGGUUUUGAUAGAAAAACUAAUCAAAGCUGGUUUCUCCAAUCAUGGAAGACAGAUGAUGACCCUGGAAAAGGCGCAUUCACAUUGAAAUUCAGCAGCAUUGGAAAACCUCAGUUGUUUAUGUACAACCAUGAUCUUCCUUGGUGGCGUGGUGGACACUGGAACGGAGAAUUAUUUGUAGGUAUACCUAAUAUGAAACGAGAUAUGACCACUUUUAAUGUUUCUUUGGUUGAAGAUGACAACUAUGUAGCACUUACGUAUAACAUGUUCGAUAAGUCUGUCAUUACUAGAAUAGCGGUUCAGCAAUCUGGUUUCUUUCAAACAUUCAUGUGGGACAGUCAAAAGAGCCAAUGGAACCGGUACUGGUCUGAACCAACAGACCAAUGUGAUAACUAUGGAACCUGUGGAUCAAACAAUAGAGAUGGGUCGGGAGGGUGUGUAAGGAAGAAAGGUGUAUCGGUUUGUGGGAAUGGAGAAGGGUUUGUCAAAGUUGUGAGCUUGAAAGUUCCCGAUACAUCUGUGGCGGUUGCUAAAGGUGGUUUGAGUUUGGAAGAAUGUGAGAAAGAAUGCUUGAGAAACUGCUCUUGUACUGCCUAUGCAGUUGCUGAUGUGAGGAAUGGUGGAAGUGGUUGUUUGGCAUGGCAUGGGGAUUUAAUGGACGUUCAGAAACUUAGCGAUCAAGGCCAGGAUUUAUUUUUACGCGUCAAUGCAAUUGAACUAGGAAGUUUCUAUAGUUCAAUUGUCCUCCUCCUUUCAUUCUGUUAUGCAAAAUGUGUCCUAUUAGUUUCAAAAUUUAUAAUCGAAGAUUUUUUGAGAGCUAAAUGGAAAUUUAACCUUCAAAAUGUGUAA